UGAAAUUUGAUAGAUAAAAAUUAAACUUUUACAUGUAGAUUUUAGGAACUAGUACCAACACCACAAGUCACAAAACAACCACAACAAUUAUCAUCAAAACCAAGUUCAAAAAAAGAAUUAUAAUCACAACCAACCAAACAUGACAACAAGCCCAACAAAACACGACGAAAACUCAUAUGAUCGACUAACAGAACUAAAACAAUUCGAUGAAUCAAAACUAGGUGUAAAAGGUUUACUAGAUUCGGGCAUCACCACUAUCCCACGUUUCUUUCAUCAACCUCCAGAAAAUCUACCUUUUCUUAAACCAAAAAUCACAAAGUCAAAAUCAACUGUUCCUGUCAUUGACUUAUCCCUAGAGAGGUCAACGGUUGUUGACCAAAUCCGGAAGUCAGCUUCCACAGUUGGGUUUUUUCAGAUAGUUAAUCAUGGCGUUCCUGUCAAAGUAAUAGAAAGUGUGAUUAAUGAUAUGGAGAAAUUUUAUGAAGAAAGUAAUGAAUAUAAGAUGAAGUUUUAUCAUAGGGAUGCUGCAAAAGGUGCUGCUUAUUCUACCAACUUUGACUUGUUUCAGUCUCAAGGUGCCAGUUGGAGAGACACUCUUCAGGUGAGGAUGGGACCGUUGGACCCAGCAUGGGAUUUAGUACCGGAGAUAUGUAGGGCGGCGUUGGCGGAUUGGGACAAGGCAGUGGCGGUGCUAGCAGAACAGCUGAUGUCACUUUUAUGUGAAGGAUUGGGAAUAAAAAGUGAAAAGUUAAAAGAGCUAUUGUGUUUGGAAGGGAGAUUAUGCAUAUCCCAUUACUACCCUCACUGUCCACAACCAGAGCUCACGAUGGGGAUAACAUCUCACACGGACCCAGGGGUCCUAACAAUGCUUGUGCAGAAUGACGUUGGUGGGUUACAGGUUAAGUGUGGUGAAGAUUGGGUUGACGUUGAGGUGGUUCCGGGUGCCAUAGUUAUCAACAUUGGUGAUAUGCUUCAGAUAAUGUCUAAUGAUGAGUACAAAAGUGUUGAGCAUAGAGUAUUAGCAAACAAUGUUGAGCGUGCGCGUAUUUCUGUUGUAGUUUUUUUCAAUCCUAGCAUACGAGAGAAAACAUAUGGACCAUUCCCGGAGCUCAUAUCUGCUAAGAAACCUGCGAUUUACCAGGAACUUGUACUUGAAGAAUACAUGAAAAGGUUUUUCGCAAAGGGGAUUGAUGGAAGAACAUUAACCAAUGUCUAUAGAAUCCACAACACUAAUGGAUGAUGCUGUGUUAAUAUUUACAUACAUAAAAUCAAUCACAUCUGUUUUGUUUCAUUUCAUUUCACAUAGAAUUCGUGCUCUGAUACAAAAAUGACAAAAACAAAGUUGCUUUUA